AAAAUAACACUCCAUAAAUCAUAGAAUUUUCUCUCUUUUUUUCGUCAGUUUUUUCACGGACUAGUGUAAGCUACACAACCACAGAGAUUCCUUCUUAUGUUAUAUUGUUCUUAUGUUCUCACUCUCUGCCAAAAGCACCUACAUAUAAUAGGGUUUUCCUUCUUUCACCUAUACACCCAUCACGGACUACUAAAAAGCAGUGUUAUUAACCAUUUUUUCUUCACAUUCUAACAUGAUACGUAUAAUUCAGUACUAGACUCAUCAUAACAAGCUACAAGCAUAUCAUUUAGCUUCUUUUGUGUUUUCUAGUUCUCAAGGCCACAAUGGCCUCUGCUGAAAACAGAGCACCAAAUGUCUCUGUUUUCCUCUGUUUCUUAGUCCUGUUUGCCACAAUUUUGUUGAGUUGUGGUCGAGUUUCGAGCCAAACAUCUGCGGUUUUCGCCUGUGAUGUUGCUAAGAAUCCAGCAUUAGCGAAUUACGGGUUCUGCAAGAAGUCAUUGGGGGUAAAUGCAAGGGUGAAAGACCUUGUGAGUAGGUUGACAUUGCAGGAGAAGAUUGGUAACCUUGUGAACUCUGCUGUUGAUGUGAGUAGGCUUGGUAUUCCAAGAUAUGAAUGGUGGUCUGAAGCACUUCAUGGAGUCUCUAACGUUGGUCCGGGGACUCAUUUUUCCAAUGUAGUACCUGGAUCAACAAGUUUUCCUAUGCCUAUUCUCAUUGCAGCUUCUUUUAAUGCUUCCUUGUUUCAAACCAUUGGAAAGGUGGUUUCAACAGAAGCAAGAGCAAUGCACAAUGUAGGGUUGGCUGGUUUAACAUAUUGGUCACCAAACAUUAACAUAUUUAGGGAUCCAAGAUGGGGAAGAGGUCAAGAAACACCAGGGGAAGACCCUUUACUUGCUAGCAAAUAUGCAGCAGGGUAUGUGAAAGGUCUACAACAAACUGAUGAUGGAAACCAUAACAAGCUUAAGGUUGCAGCUUGUUGCAAACACUACACAGCUUAUGAUGUUGAUGACUGGAAAGGUGUUCAGCGUUACACCUUCAAUGCUGUGGUAACACAACAAGAUUUGGAUGACACAUAUCAACCACCUUUUAAGAGCUGUGUGAUUGAUGGUAAUGUUGCUAGUGUCAUGUGUUCCUAUAAUCAAGUAAAUGGAAAACCGACUUGUGCUGAUCCUGAUCUUCUUAAAGGUGUUAUCAGAGGCAAAUGGAAACUAAAUGGAUACAUAGUUUCUGAUUGUGACUCAGUAGAUGUGUUUUUCAAAAGCCAGCACUACACCAAGACUCCUGAGGAAGCUGCAGCCAAAUCCAUUCUAGCAGGAUUGGAUUUGAACUGUGGAAGUUUUCUUGGCCAACAUACAGAAGGUGCUGUCAAGCAAGGGCUUAUAGAUGAAGCAUCUAUUAACAAUGCCGUCUCCAACAAUUUCGCGACAUUAAUGCGUCUUGGUUUCUUUGAUGGUGAUCCUAGCAAGCAACCUUAUGGAAACCUUGGUCCAAAAGAUGUCUGCACUUCAGCAAACCAGGAGCUAGCUCGUGAAGCUGCAAGGCAAGGGAUUGUCCUGCUUAAAAACUGUCCAGGAUCAUUGCCUCUUAAUGCCAAAGCCAUUAAAUCAUUGGCAGUUAUUGGUCCAAAUGCCAAUGCUACUAGGACCAUGAUUGGAAACUAUGAAGGCAUUCCAUGCAAAUAUACAUCACCUUUGCAGGGCUUAACAGCCUUAGUUCCCACAACCUAUGCUGCCGGCUGCCCUGAUGUUCAAUGCACAAAUGCUGCACUAGAUGAUGCCAAAAAGAUUGCAGCCUCUGCAGAUGCAACUGUGAUUGUAGUUGGAGCGAAUCUUGCAAUAGAGGCAGAGAGUCGUGACAGAGUCAACAUUCUUCUUCCGGGACAGCAGCAACAGUUAGUUACUGAAGUUGCAAAUGCAGCCAAGGGACCUGUGAUUCUUGCCAUAAUGUCUGGAGGAGGCAUGGACGUUUCCUUUGCUAAGACUAAUAAUAAAAUCACAAGCAUUUUGUGGGUUGGCUAUCCUGGAGAAGCAGGUGGAGCUGCCAUCGCGGAUGUCGUCUUUGGGUAUCAUAAUCCAAGUGGAAGGCUACCCAUGACAUGGUAUCCACAAUCAUAUGUAGACAAAGUACCAAUGACUAAUAUGAACAUGAGGCCUGAUCCUGCUACAGGUUACCCUGGUAGAACAUACAGAUUUUACAAAGGAGAAACUGUUUUCGCAUUUGGAGACGGAAUAAGCUACUCUACUUUCGAGCACAAACUGGUUAAAGCACCACAAAUGGUGUCUGUUCCUUUAGCUGAGGAUCAUGUCUGUCGUUCCUCAGAAUGCAAGUCACUUGAUGUUGCUGGCGAGCAUUGUCAAAACUUGGCCUUUGAUAUUCAUCUAAGGAUCAAGAACAAGGGGAAAAUGAGCAGCAGUCAAACAGUGUUUUUGUUCUCUACUCCUCCUGCAGUGCACAAUGCACCCCAAAAACACUUGUUGGCUUUCGAGAAAAUACACUUGACAGGAAAAUCAGAAGCACUGGUUAGUUUCAAAGUAGAUGUUUGUAAAGAUUUGAGUGUGGUUGAUGAACUUGGCAACAGAAAAGUUGCCUUAGGGCAGCAUAUGCUUCAUGUAGGAGACUUGAAGCAUCCUUUGGGUGUGAUGAUUUAAAGCAAUCAUCUGCACCGAGUCUUUCAUUUUACGUCAUUGGUUUCCUUAAAAAAUUUAAGGGAACCAUAAAUUGCAUUAAAAAAGGGAGACUGGGAAUAAGUUUAAGUGGUGAUUCCGUAAUUGUAACAAAUUGCUCUGCUUCUAUUCUUAUUCAAAUAAACAAUCAAAUAUUAACUGGACUAGUUUUCUA